AUGCAAACUAGCUUGGUCUACGCGGUGGCAUUAGCCUCUGCAUUUGGUCUGCUUCUCAUCUGGAAAGCGCUUCGCUUCUUGGAAACACCUGCACGGCGUAGGCUGUGUUCUUUCCUGCGUAAAAGAUUGAUCUACACAACAUUCUACCGUCGUCGGAUCGGCUCGGACAAUGUGUCUGUUCUCACUUUCUUGAAGAUCGUUAUUUAUUUUGCCGCCAAUAUUGCAGCUUGCGCUCUUGAUGUCGGCAAUCGUGAGGAAUUAGCCAAUCGCUGCGGGAGUCUAUUCAUCAUAAACCUUGUACCACUUCUAUUGGGAGGAAGAACUAGUCUGCUUGGAGACCGACUUAUUCGACUACACCCAAGCCAAUCAUCUCUUAUCCAUCGUUGGGUGGGUCGCGUUUGCAUUGCAGAAGGCCUGGUACACGGCGUUUUACAUGCGAUGUUGGGCCCACGUCUUACGAUAGUACAAUCGUUGCUUCUUUCUCUCGCCACUGCUUUGAUAGUCGUUUCAUUCAUAUUUGUUCGUCGAUAUAUUUUUGAGCUUUUCAUAAAGACACAUCUGCUUUUUGCAUUGAUGUUCGUCGGUGUGCUCUGGUUCCAUAUUCCGUUCCGUAACCGAAGAGCCCUUGUCUGCCUUAGUCUAACUUCGGCAGCCUGGCUUGUUCAAAAAAUCCUUUGGCUUAUUCGGCUUGGCAAUCAAAACUUAGGCCUUAAAACGGCGAAUGGAGUAACAGUAAAUGCUUUCAUAAGCAAAAGUGGCGUUCCUGACGCAGCGAGUGUCACUGUGCCACUGAAGAAGCAUUGGCUGAUUCGUCCAGGACAGUAUAUCUAUCUAACGUUGCCGGGUGUGUCGCGCCAUCGUGCAGGGUUUAUCCAGGCACACCCUUACUCAAUAGCCUGGGUGGAUGGGUCUGAGAUAACUCUGAUUGUUCAACGUCUUGCAGGAUUCAGUGCUAACUUACACCACGCCGCCAACCUGCGGCUAUCGUCAAUAGUUGACGGCCCAUACGGUUCUCCACAUCAUCUCAACCGUUAUGACAAAGUGUUAUUCUUAGCCAGUGGCAUUGGGAUUGUAGCACAUUUACUUGCAAUACGCGAUCUGCUUGUUGCUCAUGAGGAUCAGAGUGCUAGAGUUCGACGCAUUACUCUUGUUUGGUUCCUCGAAACGACCAGUCAGGAACAGUGGGUGAAAUCCAUCCUACAAAGAUUGAUGAACAGUGACCAACGCCACAUCUUCACAUUAGCCAUGUAUGUUCCUGGCGAGGGUGUGGUGCAGGACCACACCUCUCUUGGUAUAUCAGAGCGCUGUUUUCGGACCGAUCAAUUCUUGGACCUCGGUUGGUUCAUAAGCAAAGAAAAUUUGGCUGAGGCAGGAAGUAUGGCGGCGCUAGUGUGCGGCACUGCCCAUUUCGAGGAAGCCGUUCGGCAUGGUGUGCGCCGGUGUGAGCAGGACAUACAUCUUCUACAUUGUGGAUUUCAACCUGAAGAUACUAAGGUAAGUGCGAUGGCGAGAUCUCGUUUUUCGUAG